AUGUCAACCACACCGUGCUACGCGCUGCUUCUGUGGCUUCUUGUAGCCGUUCUCAGCUUUAUACCUGGGGCCAAAGCUGAGGAAAUUGUCUAUGUGACCACUACGGUAGACCCCUCGACAACUGUGGUCGCGUCGCCCACUGCGCCGAGUCCGGCCUCUUAUACUUCUUUCGACGACUUCAAGAAGACCGUCUUACAAGUCAGCAAUGACUAUCGCCAUACUCACGAUGCGGAACCAUUGGUUUGGAAUGAGACCCUGACAGAAUAUGCGCAGAAAUGGGCAAAGGCUUGUGUUUGGAGGCACUCGCACGGUCCCUAUGGAGAGAACCUUGCCUUUGGUUAUGGCAAUGCUACCGCUGCAAUUGAUGCGUGGGGCGAUGAAGGCAAGCUAUACGAUUUCCACAAGCCGACGGGCUUCACCGAGAAGACCGGUCACUUCACGCAGUUGGUCUGGAAAUCGACGGCCGAAGUGGGAUGCGCUGCGGUCAACUGCGGAUAUACAUACGACAAGGCUCGAAGAGACACUGAGGACGAAUUUCAGCUGGACGCUAGAGCCGAGGACAGCGCUCCGAGGGCACAGGGCUGGUACGUGGUGUGCGAGUAUACCCCAGCGGGAAACGUGGUUGGCGAGCACGACAUGUAUUUCAGGAAGAACGUCGUCCCGAAGGAAUCGGGUUCAACCUCUACUCAUCCAAGGAAAGGCUCAACUAUGGGCAGCGAGAAUGGCUUCUCGCUGCGUCUGACACUGCUGGCUCUAGGGACCAUCGCCGUUGGAAUCAGCCUUUAUACAUAG